AUGCCUUCCAAAAGAGGCCCAAAUUGGCUCCCCCCCGACGACGAACAACUCGCGAAAAGCUGGCUGAAGAUCUCAGAGGACGUUAUCCGAUCGACAGGCCAAAAAAAGGAGGAGUUUUGGAAGCGGGUUGCCGAUGAUUUCAACAAAUUCUCUACCAGUGUUGCUAGAGAAGGGACCCAUUGCAUGCAUCAUUGGGGACACGUCCAGAAGUGGACUUUAAAGUUUUCCGGCAUAUAUCGUAAACUGGAGAAGACACGUCCAUCUGGCUCUGUGAUGUCCGAUCUUCUUCCUGAUGCCAGAAAGGCUUUUUACGAGCAAGAAGGAAAGCAGUUCGCCUUUGAGCGAGCUUGGAUGGUGCUCAAGGACUCGCCAAAGUGGAACGAUGCUUCCGAAUCUCGUGGCAGUGGCGGGGCUCAACCUUCCGAGCUACCGGUCUCCACUCCAACCCCAUCUACCCCAACGAAUCAAGCAAACCCGGCAACGAUCCCUUCUCAAUCAAGCGCACUCCCUCAGAUGGGGUCCGAUGGAUCCUGGAAGCGACCACCGGGGGUUCAUUCUACCAAACGAGCGAUGAAAGAAGAUCACUACAAUGCAAAAAAGAUCAAGAUAUUGUCAAACCGUUCGACCGAUUACCGUGACCGCACACUAGCCAUGAAGAAAACAAACGACAUCCGAGAUCGAGCUGCUGAAGCUGAGUUAAGGUCGAGCAACAUGGAAAUCAUGUCUAAGAGAAUAGAAGACUUACCAGACGACAUCUCCCGAAAAUAUUUGGAGCUCCAGAAGGAGAUUAUCAUGCACGACAUCCGCGAUCAAGUUGAGGAAAGAAGAAAGUUGGCUGCUGAAAAAUCAAAAGGAAUCAAUCAGUCGGCUUCCUCUUCGAGUCAUCAGGAGCCUCAGAUCAAUCAAUCGGCUUCCUCUUCGAGUCAUCCGGAGUCUCGGGACUCGGAGAACGAAUCAUCAGAAACUGAAGAGAAUGAAGAAGUCGCUGAAGUCUAUGAAGAUGAAAUCGAUCCUACCCUUGAUGAUCUUGCCUAA